AUGGAACUGACCUACAUACUGACCUUCUCAGCCCUGGCCAGCGUCGUGUCUGGCACCUGCACCACGACUGACUGGAGCCAGAGUUUCGCGCGGCCCGGGGUCUCACAGUGCCAGUGGAACACGUAUCUCCGUGGGUUCGGCUCCUCCGGUUCUGGAACCAGCGGCAGCAUCACCGGACUCCAGUCGGCCCAGUGCUGCCCUGGACCAGACGAACUCUGGACAUGGUCAGACAUGAUGGUCGUCUUCCAGGACUGGCGGACAUCGUUUGACGUCAAGGGGUGGGUCAGCUGUCCAGCUGGGUUCUUCUUGCACGGGCUGGUCAGAUCCGGAAGCGGAAACGGGCAGUUGCAUAACAUUGAAGAAGGCCGGUGUUCGAAACCCACUGAGCACCCGAGAAGGUAUGGCGAGUGUUAUGAAGAGAGUGUAGCCUCUUGUUUCCUCAAUGGCGGCUUGUGCGGAUGUCGCGAGGGCUAUUUUGUUACAGGUUUAUACAGGGAUAGCUGCAGUCGGCUGGAAUGUCUUGAGAAGUUAAAAUGCUGCAAGAUGUUGCCGGAACCGGAUGUUUUGAAUGAGUUAGAAAGAGUCAAAACUCGUAUCAUGGACAAGACGCUUGCGGACAUUGCGUUACUGGCACACUGGUUGGGCUACGGUUGGUGCGCUGGGUGCCGCGCGAUGUACGUCGGUGAGGACUUCCGGCGCAUUGGUGACGCCUGGUACGCUGAUACCUCAGGCACGUGCGAGGGGUACAUGAGCGGCCAUCGCCUCAGUAUCCACUACAGUGACUGGAGAUUCAAGGUGAAAAACAUGAUCUAUGGCGAGAGAGAAACUACCAUUCUACAUCCGGAGAAAAUAGACACAGGUGUCGUCAUCAACAACCAUUCGACACCGGUGACCAAGACAAUCGAACAAGAGGAGGUCGUAGUUCGAAGUGUGAAGCACACGGCUAGUUCAGAGUGGAGGCAUAUCCAAGAGCUCAAUAUUUCGGUGACAUACAAAACGUUGUUCUCGAUGAGAUACAGGUUUCGUUAUGAGACUGCUAGCAGCACCACGAACGAGACUGGCGUCACAGAUUCCAACACGUUUAAAGUCACAUCCUCUAAAACCCUGCAGCCGUACUCCUCCGCCAAAUGGCAAAUAGAAAUCUCCAAAGCCCGAACAGCCGUGGCCUACACGGCUGUUAUAGAAAUCGAGUUCUCCCUGGAGUUGAGAGGGUUUCUCCGCUGGGGAGGGGGGUACAACGGAGACUCAACCAACUACCACUACAGACACAGGGGCAGCGGCGACAGGCCGACCUUUCACUACAGGUUUGGGAACAGCAGCAGAACCUUCCGCGAAGCGCUCACACGAGAAAGUGAAACGAACAUGUCGCCAUGGGAAUGGGAUGCCAUGCUCCGCAAAUAUCCGCACGCCGUACGUGUCAUCGACAGGUUGGUCAACGAGAAUCGAUACGAGUUUCAGUUGACCGGAUAUUUUGAGGAUAUAUUCGGGAAAAACGCUAACCUGGAGUGGUCGGAAAUGAGGAAGCGGAAACGAUCGACCGCGGUUUUCGACGAGAAACCGAUUUCGCCUGUAAACCACGUGAUCGCCAAGGAGGGGGUCAACGACCCCGCCUCAUUAAACCACUUCCCACCUGAGCUCAAUAUCCCGAGGGUCAGACCAACUGAACGGGACCACAUCCCCGCGUCAGGUUUCUAA